UUGUGAUCAGAUUGUACUGAAGAGAACUAUUAUGGUGAUUGUUGGUGGACAGAAAACCUCCAUCAAGGAAACACUGCCACCUUCACAACAAAGGAAAACAAACAAAUUGGUGCUGCAUUCUGACUAGUGGCCAAGCACGUGACAUUCCGAACUUCAUCCAAGGUACAGUAAGAUUCCUCAUGUUCCAGUCUCAAAAACUGUCAAGAAAGAUGGCAUUGAAGGUCAUGACAUCCCUUACAAGUAAAACCAAAGCUUUAAUCAGUUGAUCAGACACACAAAGGAUUGAAUGCUACCUCCCAGAGUGAGACCUAGCAAGUGCUUCACUGAACACUGCACAGAAGAAGACCCGGGUUUGGCUCCAGCACCCACCUUGCAGCUCCCAGCCACGUGUAGCUCCAGUUCCAGAGGAUCUGACACCCUCACCUGGUUUCUACAGGAAGGCCUGAACCCAGUAUCCACCAGAUCACCCCUUGGGACACUUUGCCCAGCACUAUGUACUAUGUCAGAGAGUCACAAUGACCUUGCACAGUAACAGUACAACCUCGGCUUUGUUUCCCAACAUCAGCUCUUCCUGGGUGCACAGUUCCUCAGAGGCAGGGCUGCCCUUGGGGACAGUCACUCACUUGGGCAGCUAUAACAUUUCACAAGCAGCUGGGAAUUUCUCCUCAAACGACACCUCCAGUGACCCUCUGGGGGGUCACACUGUCUGGCAAGUGGUCUUCAUUGCAUUCUUAACAGGCUUCCUGGCAUUGGUGACCAUCAUUGGCAACAUCCUUGUCAUUGUGGCAUUUAAGGUCAACAAACAGCUGAAGACAGUCAACAACUACUUCCUCUUAAGCCUGGCCUGUGCAGAUCUGAUCAUCGGGGUCAUUUCCAUGAACCUGUUCACUACCUACAUCAUUAUGAAUCGCUGGGCACUGGGGAACUUAGCCUGUGACCUCUGGCUUUCCAUUGACUAUGUGGCCAGCAAUGCUUCAGUCAUGAAUCUGCUGGUUAUCAGCUUCGACAGGUACUUCUCCAUCACAAGGCCACUCACCUACCGAGCCAAACGAACAACAAAGCGAGCUGGUGUGAUGAUUGGUUUGGCUUGGGUCAUCUCUUUUGUCCUGUGGGCUCCUGCCAUCUUGUUCUGGCAAUACUUUGUAGGGAAGAGAACUGUGCCCCCAGGAGAAUGUUUCAUUCAGUUCCUGAGUGAGCCCACCAUCACCUUCGGCACAGCGAUUGCUGCCUUUUAUAUGCCGGUCACCAUCAUGACUAUUUUAUAUUGGAGAAUCUAUAAGGAAACUGAAAAACGUACCAAAGAGCUGGCUGGGCUACAGGCCUCUGGGACAGAAGCUGAGGCAGAAAACUUUGUCCACCCCUCAGGUAGUUCUCGAAGCUGCAGCAGCUAUGAACUACAACAGCAAAGCAUGAAGCGCUCAUCCAGGAGGAAGUAUGGUCGCUGUCACUUCUGGUUCACAACCAAAAGCUGGAAGCCCAGUGUUGAGCAGAUGGACCAAGACCACAGCAGCAGUGACAGCUGGAAUAACAACGACGCUGCUGCCUCCCUGGAAAACUCUGCCUCCUCCGAUGAAGAGGACAUUGGCUCAGAGACCAGAGCCAUCUACUCUAUUGUGCUCAAGCUUCCAGGGCAUAGCACCAUCCUCAAUUCUACCAAGCUACCCUCCUCAGACAACCUGCAGUUGCCAGAUGAAGACCUGGGGACUGUUGAUGUAGAGAGAAAUGCCAAUAAGCUUCAGGUUCAGAAGAGCAUGGAUGAUGGUGACAGUUGUCAGAAGGACUUCUCCAAGCUUCCCAUCCAGUUAGAGUCUGCUGUGGAUACAACCAAGACCUCUGACACCAACUCCUCGGUGGACAAGACCACAGCCACUCUACCACUGUCCUUCAAGGAAGCCACACUGGCUAAGAGGUUUGCUCUGAAGACCAGAAGUCAGAUCACCAAGCGGAAAAGAAUGUCGCUCAUCAAGGAGAAGAAAGCAGCCCAGACCCUCAGUGCCAUCUUGCUGGCCUUCAUCAUCACCUGGACCCCCUAUAACAUCAUGGUCCUGGUGAAUACCUUCUGUGAUAGCUGCAUCCCCAAAACCUAUUGGAAUCUGGGCUACUGGCUAUGCUAUAUCAACAGCACCGUGAACCCCGUAUGCUAUGCCCUGUGCAACAAAACAUUCAGAACCACCUUCAAGAUGCUUCUCUUGUGCCAGUGUGACAACAGAAAGAGACGCAAACAGCAGUACCAGCAAAGACAGUCAGUCAUUUUUCACAAGCGAGUGCCCGAGCAGGCCUUGUAGAAAAAGGGUUUGUCUGGAGCAGUGACCACACUCGCACAUCAGCCCACACAGCCUAGCAGGAGUCUGGCGCAGGUGGGAGGCCAUUCCUGAUGGUGAUAAAAGGGGUUUUAUCAACCACACAGGAGAGAAGCUGCCUGUUUACUGAUCCAAUGAAUAAACUGAUUUUGGCCAAAUGCCAAUUCAGCAGGAAAGAAAGGAAAGCAUACUGCUGACCAUAAAGAGAUAUAUUCUGAAAUAGACUUCAAAGUGUUUUUUUCUUAAAGAGAAAAACAUAUUGUCUUGAAGCAAGUAUCCUCUGACAUUGGUUUGCCUAGGUCUUUUAAUUCCCAUCAGCUCUGAAAUCACAGGUGAGCCUCGCUGCACUAGUUGCUGUGUGCUCUUCCCAAGGGUCCCAAAGUGUCCAUCCAGACCCCAUGUGAAGCAUGGCAGGCUUGGAUAUCUGUGGUUCUGAGUUAUUUUGUACAUUGCAAAGCUGACGCCUCUUGUCCCAGUCAGCUUCUGUCCCCUUUCGGUGUGUUGUUAAACUCUAUUUGUGGAUUUGAUUCUUGGUUCUUGCAAACUACUGUUUUGUGCAAUUCAAGUUUCAUACAAAUAAAAUUGCAUAUGAAUACGUGCAUAUCUAUACAUGUGUGAGUUCAGCACGCACACACAUAGUGUAUAUAACAUGUUGGGGAACAGUGAACUGGCCAAAUGUUCCUAUCUUGUAUGCUUUCAGUACUUUGGUAACUGAAAUUCUCUAGGAUCCUAAUAUGAUAUGGACAGUGAAUUAAGCCUGGUUUAAUGUUGUGUUUGGGUCUGGGUUUUUGACACUGGAGCUGUUUUCCACAAACCACCCUGAAGAAUAAUAUCCAUCCCAGAGAAGCCAGGCCUUCUCGGCAAACCUGUGCUAGAUGGACAGUCUCAAGGGUCAGUCGGUACCACGCCUUGACUGGACUCUGUGUGCGUACUGUCUCCUUGGCUGUUAACGCUAUCUACAGAGCUGAACUAGGGCCUCUCUGAGCUUGAAAGAAUGAACUUAUGUACAUGUUUGAAUUUAGUCGUCCAAAUCUGAAUGUUUCAAAACAAAUUUUCUGGGAUCUAAACUGCUUGAAACUCAAUCCUAGAGUCACCUUUGAAUGUCACAUACAGCAAUAUAUCUACAUUUACAUGGAAAGGCGAAGGAAAUACUGUGCCAAGGCCUGGCAGAAAGUAUUGUAUUUCACUUCCUGCUACUUGGCACCUUCUGGAGGAAAGUAGGGCUUACCUCCUGUUAUUUAGCAGGAGCCAGGACCUUUUGGUCAUCACUGUAUAACCUUCACCCAGGAAUGGUUGGUGUCUAAGAAGCCACAGGUCCUCUGAAGAAAGAAUUGCACUUGAAAAAGUAUUGCUUCAAAAUUUAUUUCUUUCCAUUGUGACAAGCGAAUUUUGCAUUAUCCUUUGAAUUGCCCCAAGUGCACCGUGUUUUCUCCAGGGGAGGAGUCUGCUGCUCUUGUUCUCGUGGCUGCUGUAUUGUUGGGUUCCUUCCUUCUUUUCCUUCUGCUGGGACUGUGUGGGGAGUGGGUGGGGGGAUGGGAGGGCUGUGGAGAACCCUUCCCUUGUGCGGGGCAUCCAUCUGUGUUGUGAGCCCAGAGCUGGGGCCAAAGCUGCUUUUGUAUUCAGUCGGCGGUGUUUACAGCCGACUUUGACAUCAGUGGAUGUGUUCUCAGUGGUGUGUCUGUACCUAAACUAUUUAAUGUUGUGUCAUGUUUAUAUAAAGAAUAUUUAUGCAUACUUCACCAUGUGUUUAUUUAGUGCUGAUAAAUGUGACUCCCUCCACUGUGCGCUUUGAUGUUGAUUCUUUAGGAUCCACUUAAAUCAAGAAUAAAUGUCCACUAAGCUUUUUCAUGUGGCUGAGAAGAAAGCCAUCAUCUGGUUGACGUUCAAGAGCACCUGACUCCUUCCAGGUAAUAAGCUCUGUUACUGAAAGUCACUCUUUAAUACCCAACAAUAUAAUGGAGGACCAGCAAUCCUCCUCCACUGUAUCUGGAACCACAUUGCAAGGAACAAAAACAAAAUCCGCACCAUCAUAAGGAUUUUCUUUUCGUUUUUGGCCCUCAUUCAAGCAAAGAACAAGAAAAACCAGAGACUAGUUUCUCACAUGUACAGUGAUGUGCACAAGCAUGUUCUCCACCUGAGAAGCAUCUGGUAAGCUAUUGCAUCUGUAUUUUAUUACUCCAGUUUCCCUGGCACUAAUAAACAUGUGAAUUCUCUUUCAA